AUGUCAGAACUUUCCGGUGUAGUCAGAUUGGAUUUAGAGCUUUCCGAUGAGAUUCUAUCGGUAAUCCCGACGGAUCCUUUCGAGCAGCUGAAUCUCGCGAAGAAGAUCACGUCCAUGGCGAUCGCCUCUAAGGUGUCUACUUUAGAAGCUGAGGUAAUCGAACUGAGGCAGAAACUCCAGGAGAUGGAGAUGUGUACGCACGAGCUUGAGAGCAAGGCUUAUCGUUACGAGAGAGAUAUCCGAGAAGCUGAUUCAAGAUUUAAGAUUGUCCUCCAUGACAAUAUGAAUCUGACAAAGGAACGCGAUUCGCUUACAACCACUGUAACAAACCUGAAUCGUGAAAUGGCUAAGUUGGAGACCUUCAAGAGGAAAUUGGUUCAAUCCCUAAGUAAUGAUGAUGAGAUUGCUCCUCCGCAAACAGAUUCUGUUGAUAUCAAGACAUAUGACCAGUCGGUUCCUUUGUCUUAUCCAGACAAAUCCGUGGACAUGACUCAUCAUCCAGUUGAGGAAGCAGUUCCCAUUUACACAGGACCAAGAUUCUCUGUUUCUCCCUGGCUCACUCCACAAACUAAUUCUACUGCAGGAUCUCCCAAGGCAAGAACUUCUGGUUGGUACCCCUCAACAUCGAGCCAACAAUCAUCAGCUGCAAAUUCUACUCCUCGUGGCCUCCCACUUCAAGCUCCUCGUACACCUCGCAUUGAUGGCAAGGAGUUUUUCCGUCAACAAACAGAUUCUGUUGAUAUCAAGACAUAUGACCAGUCGGUUCCUUUGUCUUAUCCAGACAAAUCCGUGGACAUGACUCAUCAUCCAGUUGAGGAAGCAGUUCCCAUUUACACAGGACCAAGAUUCUCUGUUUCUCCCUGGCUCACUCCACAAACUAAUUCUACUGCAGGAUCUCCCAAGGCAAGAACUUCUGGUUGGUACCCCUCAACAUCGAGCCAACAAUCAUCAGCUGCAAAUUCUACUCCUCGUGGCCUCCCACUUCAAGCUCCUCGUACACCUCGCAUUGAUGGCAAGGAGUUUUUCCGUCAAGUCAGGAGCCGAUUAUCAUAUGAACAAUUCAAAGCCUUCUUGGCUACCAUCAAAGAACUGAAUGCUCAGAGGCAAACCCGAGAGGAAACCCUGAGGAAAGCGGAUGAGAUAUUUGGGACAGAGAACAAAGAUCUAUACCUGUCUAUGCAAGGAUUUCUCAACAAGAACAAGAGUUAG